CUGUUAUCUACCUGCUCUAUGUCGACUUCUGUGUUUCCCACAUAGACCUUAACAAAAGAUGUUGUCACGAAAUCUUUUAAUUGCAUCUGCAGUUGUCUUCUUGGCCACUACAGUUUCAACAGCUCCAGUUGAAGAGAAAGAACCUGAGGAGACUGAGGUGGAAACGGAGGAUGGGGAAGAGGAGGUGUCUGAGGAGGAUGCGGAUGAUGAUGAUGACUCAAGUCAGGAUUUGAAUAAGGGAACUGGAGCACAGCAUGCUACUACAGUAUCAAAAGACCUAGGUGCAACUCCUCACCCUGGAAUUUCUGCCGGCGAAUCUUCAAACGGUCAAAAACAGACGGCAGACAGUGCUGCCCACUCGGGCCAGGACGCAUCAGGCAGUUCCUCUGCAGCUGGAGGAGUUAACGGGGAAUCAGGGAGAGAUCCCCACUCCCUCUCUUCAGAUCCAAGUUCUCAUGCCUCCACAGUAAAUGGAGGAAGUUCCACUUCAGAGACGGGUGUUCCAGGUAGGCCUAAAUAA